GCUAUGACCAAACGAAGGGAAAGCAGACAUCCAAUAGCGCACUACUGGAACCGCGUGCUUUUUCAGACAUCAACAACGAUGGAUGCAAAGUAGAACAGUUUCUGCGUUAAGGUGGGAAUAAAGGAUGUGGGGAUAAUCCUUUCACAGCAACCCGUCUAUAUAAGACUUUCAGAUGUACAAGACCGAAACACUUACUGUCAAGUCUUUUUCGGGGUUUUCUUUGUUUUUGGGUUUCGGUGCGCGUUGAUUGAAAUGCAAUUUUACACGGUAUACACCUUUGCAAUCUUUGCAACAAUCUUUCAAAUUGUUCAUGGAGGCAUUUAUGGUCAUUACGAUGUAGAAGGCUACGGAAACCCUGCUUAUGGUCUUGGACAUUAUGGAGAUGAAUCGUCUUCAGCUAAUGAAAUUCACGCGGAAGCACCACAAGAAGAUCAUAGUCACGAUGAAAUCGUUGAUUAUCAUGCCCAUCCGCAAUACCACUACGACUACGCGGUUCACGAUCUCCACACCCAUGAUAUAAAAAGCCAGUGGGAGACGAGGGAUGGUGAUAAAGUGAAGGGCGAGUAUACGCUGCUGGAAGCUGACGGAUCUAAAAGAGUUGUACAAUACACCGCCGAUAAUCACAAUGGGUUUAAUGCGGUUGUUAAAACCGUUAAAGGUGGAUACUAAAAAAUUUUACUGUAAUUUAGUAUAAAAAUAAUCCAUUGUAUUUGUUUAAUUAUUUAUUUUUUACUUUUCUGUUUUAUUUAAGAAUUUUUAUGAAAAGUUGUGUACAGAAUUAAAAAAAAUAGUUCUUGAUACUCCAGCAGUGUGUUCAAAUCACAUUCACCUUUUUCCAACUUUAUCUUAUUGUAUAAUUUUUAUAUUAAUAUUGUAAUAAAAGAAGUUGUUG